UCAAUCAAAUCUCUGGUAUUUCGAUCAAAAUCUUUGGAAUUGUUUAUCGUUUCCUUUCCUUUUAUCUUAUCCCGAUGUUCUGCUUCUCAUGUUUGUUUAUAUUUCUCCAUGAUUUCGACUUCGAUUGAUAUUUGAGCUGGUUACUUAUGUCUAGAUACAUAAAUUGCUUUAAAUUUCACUCCAUUUGCACUCUGAAGCUAGGAUUUCACUUUGAUGUUAGCUUUUGGUAUGCUUCAAUUGUGAUACUAUGUUUUUUUAGUUUUUUGUUUAUUUGCAUCAAUUGUUAUGGAACGUAAAGUUCAAUGUAGAUGGGAAAAUGUUCUAAAUUUGUUAGAAAAUUCGUAUCGAAAUUGAGGUUGAAGUAACUCUGCUUGAUAUCCUCACUCAGAGGGAAUUGUUUUUUGAAUGGGAGUAAUGCAAGAGGAGUGGGAUUUUCUGUAGUGGAGAGAACUGUGAUUGAUUUUUUCAUAUGGUUAAUGUGAAAUUAGGGUUCUUAGUUAUUAUCUGUGAGGAUUAUGUUAUUGUGUACAGAUACUUAUUUUGUUUUUUAUGCUUGUUGGUAUGUUGCUUAGACAUUUUAAAUUCUUCCCAAACAUGUUCAUCAUCAUGGCAUCUCCAGUCAAUGGAAAUCAACGCAGGUGCUACCAAGCUGAGUAAAUUGCAAGAAAGGAAUAAAGAAAGGUUAAGGUGCAAGUUUAGAAUCAGGUUCCCAAAAAAGAAGCUAUUUGAAAUCUGGGAGUAAAGAGGAAGUUCCUUUUCAUAAUGUUGACUGGAUAAACAGUCAUCAUUCUAGGAGAGUUUAGUAACAGGCCCAAGGUGCAAACACAAGUGUCAAUGGGAAAAACUCAGUGUCGAAAAAGAGAAAGAGGUAGGAAUUGAGAAAAAAAGGAAAACUUUUAGACGAGUUGAGGCACGAUCACAGUGGUUGACGUGAAGGGUUUAGGGUCGAAAAGAGAAGCUUACCCAAAAAUGGCACAUGGUGAGACGGGUGGGACAGAAAUUAUUGAUGUGAAGACCUUAUCAAAAGGAGAAGAUUACACAGAAAUUGUUAAUGGUAAGAUCGGCUUAAGUGGAAGCACAAGCCUUGAUGCAAAGAUGGUGUCAAAAGUAGAAGAUUAUGUAAAUAUUGUCAAUAGUGAGACAAUCACACCUGCAACCACAACCCAUGAUGCGAAGUGUACAGUCUUACAAAAUGAAAGUAAUCAGGUAUCAGAGAUAAGGAAACCGUCAGUAGUUGAAAAUCUGAAUUCUCAAUCCAUUACAGAGGACUUGGAAACUGCAAGUAUUGAUGUGAAUGAUGAAGCAUCAAGAAAGAGAAAGAGGCAACUUGCACGUGACAAGAAAGCGGCUAUUGUCAUUUUAAAUCCCCAUGACAAUAUAGGAGAUACUGAAAUUGCCAACAGUGGGUCUGGACAUCUUCCAUCACUUGAAGGACUUGCUGCGCAAUCUCAUAUAGAUGGCGGUAAACAGAUCGAUAAAAAUAUGGUUAGAUCUCUUUAUGCAAAGAUGACCAUAGAAGAUGUAGAAAUCCCCAAGGAUCAGAAUCUUGGUGAUUCCUCUUUGAAAGAUUUUGUGAUGAGAAAUCACGUUGCAAUGUCGAGGAAAAAGCUUCUCGUUCUUGAUGUAAAUGGUUUGCUUGCUGAUAUCAUUUUUCCCCCACCAAAGGAUUGUAAAUCCGAUAAAAAUAUUUUAAGAAGGGCAAUAUUCAAGAGACCCUUCUUGGAUGGUUUUUUAGGAUUUUGCUUCGAGAAUUUUGAGGUCGCCAUUUGGUCUUCAAGAACCAGGAAAAUUUUAGACCCUGUGGUUGAUUAUUUAUUGGGGGAUUUGAAGAAGCAGCUGUUGUUUCUUUGGGACUUAUCCUACUGCACCAAUUCAAGUGCAAGGAGCCUUGAAAACAAACAUAAGUUUAUAGUCUUCAAGGAGCUGAGGAAGAUAUGGGAACAAAAUGGUCAUAAUCUUGCUUCUGAGAAUGGAUAUUAUGAUGAAUCAAAUACAUUGUUGUUAGAUGAUUCUCCAUAUAAGGCAUUGCUCAAUCCUAAGCACACUGGAAUUUUUCCCUUGUCUUACAGCUACAUGGAUAUAAAUGACAACUCUUUAGGUCCUGAUGGUGAUCUUCGAGGCUAUCUGGAAGGUGUGGCUGCAACUGAAGAUGUAAAGAUGUAUUUACAGCAACACCCAUUUGGUCAACCCGCAAUAGAUGAAACAAGCUCGCAUUGGGCCUUUUAUUCUGGGGUUCUUGAGCGUGACCCUUAAUUUAUCUCACAUUUACUGGAGUUUGGUAGCCCAUUUCAUACAAGAUUUUCAGAACCAACUUCUGAAACCUGCCCUUUUACAAGUUUGAUGGAACAUUUAAAAUACAAGAAAAGUAGAACAUACCCAAAAGGAGAAAAGUUAGGGAGAUAGGACUGAUCUAAAUGCUUUCAUUUUGUCAACCAAGUCAGGUUCUUGGGAGGUGGAAUAAUGCAAGUGCUGAAACAUAAAGAUGAACCUCAAAUUUCAGGAUGCUCAGAAGCAUAAAACAUCAAAGAUCAGGUAAUUAAAUCUCAAUUCAUCAUAGUUUUCUUUUGAAAUGUAAUAGAUGCUGAACCUUAAACAUAUUAUUGUAGCAGUCAAAUUAUAAUUACUUUCAUUUUGUUGCGACAUGUGAGGCUUUCUUUAUUUGCAUUAAG